GUACAGUGAUUAGGAUAAAUAUAUUUAUAUUUKUAAUAGAAACCAAAAUUAUAUCAAGAUAAAGUAUCAUGAAUAGGCAAACCUCAAAUGGUUUGCCUGCAAGAAAAAAAUCCGCUAUCUGGAAAGAAUUCUACGAGAAUUCCACCCUACAUGGAUUACGGAACGUGUUUGAAAGCGAUUAUGCAGGUUUUAGAGUGAUGUGGCUGGUUUURGUCCUAUCAGCCUCAGCAUGGCUACUUUAUUCUUCUGUUCAAAGCUUUCAGCGAUACUUAGAAUCCCCAACUCUUAUGCAUGUCUUUGAAGAAAUGAAAUAUCCUUUGCCUUUCCCAUCUGUUACAAUCUGCCCGGAUAACUUUGCAGAUAGGUACAAGAUAUAUGCACAAGAUAACGAUACCGUCUUUAAACAGUAUGGACUAAACAUCAGCGCAUGCUCAGUAACCGCUGACGUACGUGGAGGMAGACCUUGCGGGCACGCGUUGGUGUGUGCUUAUAUUGGCGGGUUUGUGGCGUACGGUGCGCCCAUUGUAAACUGCACCCAGGAAUACCAGGAAAACAUUACACAAGCUUUGAAAAGUUCAAAUAUUACUUUUGACAUGUUGGAGUUUAUUUAUAAGUUUAGCGAAUCUUGGGAAGAGGUUCUYCAAUAUUGUAUGGUAGGACAUUAUGAGAGAAUAACGUGCACGAAUAUCAAAUACUACAAAAAGACUUACAAAGAACAUAGACUCUGUCACACUUUYAACGAUGAUGAGAUGAACUUYGUUAGUACUGGUCCAGGAAGUACAGGAGGAAUAUUCUUUGUGCUUCAAAAUCGCAUCGACCGUUAUUUUUAUCCAAGGUUUGCUGAAGGUUUUAACUUGUAUAUCCAUGAGAAAGGAGCAGGUAUGGGAGACAAUGAAAUCCGUGUUCCUCCAGGCAGGUUUACAUCUAUUGCUAUCAACCAAGUCAAGUUGCAGCAUUUAGAAAAAGGUGAAGGCGGGAAAUGCGAAAGAAAGUCUCUCCGCGGUCAUAAAAUAUACACUCAAAGUCAAUGUUUUGAAGAAUGUCGUGACAUGUAUAUCGAGAMGAAAUGUGGCUGCAGACUGUCUUCAGCACGUAAGAUAGUUAGAUGAUGGAAAAUAUUUUGACGAUGAUAACUU